CACGUGCGAACAACACAACUUACUGCGCAUGCGUAUGACGUGAUCUACGGGUGCCUACAGGAGCGAAGUCUUUGGGUUGAACUGGAACUGGGCUGAAACUCAAAGUCCAGGGGCUGAGUUACACAGACUCGGAGUAACAUAACACUUUUUAUAAAAGCACACCAUCCAUUCAUGCUGGAAGCAUGGAGGACGGAGGAUCCCUCUGAGGAAUAUCAGGAUAUUUGGGCUGUUUACGAUGGGCAGCCGGAGGAACGGGUACAACAAGGAGAGCUUUAUUCUGUCAGUGGACGUCGGAACCACGUCAAUAAGAUGUCAUGUUUAUGACAAGGAGGCACAAAUCCGAGGAUCAUGCACAAGCAAGGUUGUCCCGUUGUAUCCAGAGGUGGGACAUGUGGAGAUGGACCCAGAUGUGCUGUGGAAAGGUUUCAUCUCUGUGGUCAAAGGAGCUGUGCAAGAUGCAGGAGUUCAAAUGAGCCAGAUUGAAGCUCUUGGUAUCUCAACUCAGCGAUCAACCUUCACAACUUGGGACCGAAAAACUGGAGUUCCUUUUCAUAACUUUAUCAGCUGGCAGGACCAAAGAGCUGCAGAGCUGGUGAAGUCCUGGAACAGAUCCUGCACUAUGAAGAUAAUCCACGGUGCGAUGAAGGUGGCUUACUUCCUGACCCGGCAGAAGCGCUCCCUCGCAGCGAGUGUCAUUGUCUUUUCCACUCAACAAGUCACUUUUCGGCUGGUGUGGGCUUUGGCGCACUACAAGCAGGUUCGUCAAGCCAUUGAUGAAGGCAACUGCUGCUUCGGAACAAUAGAUACCUGGCUCCUGUUCAAGCUAACAAAAGGACGAGUCCAUGCCACAGAUUACUCAAAUGCCAGUGCGACGGGGAUCUUUGACUCCUAUCAGAUGUGUUGGAGUGGAUUUCUCUGCUCUCUUGUGUCUCUGCCUCUCUCCAUUUUCCCCAAAGUUGAAAACACAGGACAUAACUUCGGCUCCACUGACCCGUCCAUCUUUGGAGUGUCCAUUCCCAUUAUGUCUGUGAUGGCGGAUCAGCAGGCGGCCAUGUUUGGAGAGUGCUGCUUUGAUGUCGGCGAUGUGAAAAUCACCAUGGGAACAGGCACCUUCAUGGACAUCAACACUGGGAGCAAACCACAUGCAUCUGUCGCAGGUCUAUAUCCUCUGGUGGGAUGGAAGAUGGGCUCAGAGGUGGUGUACCUGGCGGAGGGAAACGCAGCCGACACGGGAACGGCCAUCAAAUGGGCACAAGAGCUGGAGCUCUUCUCUGACGUUCAGGACACCAGUGCCAUGGCGUACAGCGUUGAUGAUUCAGAUGGAGUGUGCUUUGUCCCGUCGUUCAGCGGGCUGCAGGCUCCUCUGAAUGACCCCAGAGCUUGUGCUUCUCUCAUGGGCCUCAAACCUUCUACAACCAAAAACCAUCUGGUCAGGUCCAUUCUGGAGUCUGUCGCCUUCAGGAACAAGCAGCUGUACGAGACGAUGCUGAGGGAGACUCACAUUCCCAUCACAAAGAUCAGGGUGAAUGGUGGCGUUUCCUCCAACGACUUCGUCAUGCAGCUGACGGCAGACCUGUUUGGUAGGAAGGUGGUCCGACCUCAGCACAGAGAGAUGUCUUGUCUGGGGGCUGCGUUUGUGGCUGGACUUGAAGUGGGUUUCUGGACAACUCAUGAAGAGCUGAAGAAGCUGCAGAGCACCGACAAGGUGUUCCUGCCCAAAGGUAUUGCCAAGGAGGGGUCCAACCAGGAGUACAACCCAGUCCUCCAGAGGUGGGAGAGAGCUCUGCGGCGCUCCAUGAACUGGUACAAACCCUGAGCCACACAAGGGUAUUAGGUUCCUCUCAACCUGCAGCUACACGUCCCAUCUCUAACUGGUGAAUAAUGUGAGUCUUUAAGGCAGAAGGUUUGUGUUGAUGGAGACAUUUACCAGUUAGUGUCUCUGAACUUUACCUCCUCAUCAGGUUGAAUCCAAGUAACAGAAAAACUGUCUGAUCAGAGGUUGGUUUCUGAUCUGAAGUCGCUGCUGCUUUUUCUUUUCUUUUCCAGAAAAAAAACAUGUUUUCCUUCUUGUCUUCUGGGGGCGCUAAUGCCUGGCGUUACACCCUUUUUAUUCCUAUCCUCACCAUAGCAACAGGCCUGAAAGCUAAACGUUAAUCUGAGGACAGAGACUACAACUGUUUCCAUGAGUCACACAUCAUCCUUGGUUUGAUUUAAAAAAAACAAUAACUUGUUUUUUUGUGUGUUCAUAACACCUCAGGUUUGGUAUUUUAACGCUGAUACAUCUUUUCUUUGUGAAGGAACAGCUUUGUAAUUUAAUAUGUUUGAAUUGUUAUGGUUUAAUCAUAUGUGGAUCCCUGGAUGAAUACUUGAUUCCUUCUGAAAAUUUGAAGCAAUUUAAUUUCGUACCAGAUCAUUUCUGUGUAUUUUAUUACAAAACUCUGUACUGAUCAUGUUUAAAUGUUAAACACUGAUUCCACUGUAAUCUGUGUUUAAAUAUAGCCAAAUGUUGAGCUUUAAUGUCAUUACUGUCAGAAAUUACUUGGGUUUUUUUCAUACACAUCUAUUUGCAAUGAACUGCAAAAGGUAUUGCACUAAAAUAGUUUUAGGAAUAAAAUCAGACUCUUUUGAACAUGUUACAGUAUUUUAGUAUUUUUUCAUCAGGGAUAGAAUAUUGAUUGAACUGGUUAAAACUGCAGAAAUGAGACAUUCCUACAGGUUUUAUUGAUUCUGUAUCGUUUCUGUUUUACCCGAUGUUGAUGGCUCUUUGAAAAUAUCCGUUUGGAGAAACAGUUGUUUUAAAAUCCACUUGAGAAGCAGCUUCACUCUGACUAUAAUAGUUAAACCUGUCCACUUCACAAUUGGAUCGCUGUUGUUUGUAAAACAGCCAGAUAUCCAGAAUUCCUCAGCAGGUCAUGUGAUACUCUGUUAUUUAAACAGUCACAUCAUCUUUGUUUUCAGUAUUAAAAAGACCUUCCAGACUGAAUUAAUUACAGGUGUUUUUAGUAGGGCUGCACGAAAUAAGAAAAAACUGACAUUGCAAUUUUUCUAACCCUGCGAUAUAUAUCGUGAUAUGAAAAAAUAAGUUCUGCUGCUAUCCUGCACUGAUCUGRCCUCUUUCUUUCUGCAUGUGACAGUAUGUUUAUGUCUCUAUUUGAGUUAUUCUUGUUAGUGCUUUUAUUGUGCAGGAACCUGAGUACGUUUCCUUCAAUCCUCUGCAUCUGUCUUCAUUUCAUCACACUUUUAUAUUAAAGGUUGCCAUUUUUGUUGCAGAA